AUGACGGAGAAACCAGCGAGGAGGAGGGAGAGCGGGAGGAUCGCGAGCAACUCCAAGACGGCAGAGAUCCCUUCGAUUCGAUUCCGCGACCUUGGGGGCAUUGAGAGUAUCCUCCAGCAGGUGCGGGAGCUAGUCGAGUACCCCCUCGCUCACCCGGAGAUCUAUGCGCAUCUUGGGGUGGAGCCGCCCCGUGGGGUCCUCCUCCAUGGGCCUCCUGGCAGCGGCAAGUCCAUGCUGGCGGGGGCGCUGGCGGCAGAGAUGCACGAGUGUGGAGUGACUUACUUCAAGAUCUCCGCGCCCGAGGUCGUGUCGGGCAUGUCAGCAGGAGAGUCGGAGGAGACGAUCAGGGACUUGUUCAACUCGGCCAAGGCUGCUGCCCCUGCCCUGAUCUUCAUCGACGAGAUCGACGCCAUCACCCCAAAGCGCGAAAAUGCGCAGCGAGAGAUGGAGCGAAGGAUCGUGGCGCAGCUUCUGACAUGCAUGGACGAUCUUGGAACGCAUGCCUCCUCCAGCGACAUCCCCAAGACCGUCAUCGUGAUCGGAGCGACAAACCGGCCGGACGCGCUCGACUCAGCUCUGAGGAGAGCAGGACGAUUCGACCGGGAGAUCUGUAUGGGGGUGCCUGAUGAACCAGCUCGCCUCUCCAUCCUCCGCGUCCUCACUUCAAGACUCCGUCUGUCAGGGGACUUCAACCUUGAGGAGAUUGCUCGUCGUACCCCCGGCUACGUGGGAGCGGAUCUUGCGGCUCUGAGCAAGGAGGCAGCAGCGAUCGCAAUCAACCGGAUCUUUCAGACUGUUCUGGUGCCCCGUGAGCCGAUGAACAAUGCUGAGCGCGCCAAGGAAGAGGAAGGGAAGGAGGAGAAGGAGGGAGGAGGAGAUGGAGAAGGAGGGGCAGCUGGCGAGGCGAGCGAGAUGAGCGGGGCAAACAAGCUGCUGAACAAGUUCACUCCGUUGACGAGCGAGGAGUUGGAGCCUCUUGCGUUGACCAUGAGCGACUUUGAGAAGGCGGUGGAGCGUGUGCAGCCUUCAGCUAAGAGAGAAGGAUUCGCGACUGUCCCUGACGUGACGUGGGAGGACGUGGGCUCGCUGGGAGAAGUGAGAGAGGAGCUAGAGCUAUCUAUCUGCGAGCCCAUCCUCCACCCCCAGAAGUUCUCUCUCCUGGGUCUCAGUGCUCCCACGGGCGUCCUGCUCUACGGCCCGCCCGGGUGCGGGAAGACGCUGGUGGCCAAGGCGGUCGCGCGAGAAAGCGGCGCCAACUUCAUCUCAGUGAAGGGACCUGAGCUCCUCAACAAGUUUGUCGGGGAGUCGGAGCGAGCUGUUCGUCAGCUGUUCCAACGGGCGUCAGCGUCAGCGCCUUGUGUUGUCUUCUUCGACGAGCUUGACGCGCUCUGCCCCAAGAGAGGAGGCGAGGGGGGGGUGGCUAGUGAGCGGGUGGUGAACCAGCUGCUAACGGAGAUGGACGGGCUGAACGCAAGGAGGAGCGUCUUUGUGAUCGCUGCUACCAACAGGCCAGACAUGAUCGACGCCGCCAUGCUGCGACCCGGCAGGCUCGACAAGCUGCUCUACGUGCGGCUCCCCAAACACCCUGAGAGGCUGGCGAUCCUCCGCACCAUUGCGCGCAAGAUGCCGAUCGACGAGACGGUGAAGCUGGACGAGGUGGCCAAGGACAGGAGGACGGAAGGAUUCAGUGGGGCUGACCUCGCUGCUCUGCUCCGUGAGGCUGCCAUGAGCGCGCUGCGAGAGGACCUGGAGAAAGAGAGGAGGGAGGGGAGGAAGGGGAAGGAGGGGAAGGAGGAGGCCGCAAGCGAGAGCAGGCUCAGUGUUCAGCAGAAGCACAUCGAACGCGCGUUGAGCUGCGUGCUGCCCUCCGUGUCUCCCAAGGACGAGCAGCGGUACGAGCUCAUGGCCUCGAGGCUCCGCCAGUCCCGCGCGCACGUCAACGCGGAGGGGGAGGAGGCGAAGUCGUAG